GGCUGACAGACAGGUACCUCCACGCUAAAUCCUGAAAGCCGGUAUGUCAGUGGCAGGGUAUAAAUCAGGUAGGAGGAAGGUGUUGACGUCGAGACGUGCGGAAUGAAUAGGCUCAUUGACGACCAGGUGUAAAGAACCUCCUUGUGGAUUGCAAAAGACUCCUUUCCAUAUUUUAUUUGUGUGCAAGGAUAUAAGGAACAACUUUCGUCAUUUUUCUUUUGAACUGAGUGAAUGUAUAACCAACCACCUCACUUAAGAGACUGUAUUAUACCUCACAAAUAGGUUGCUCACAAAUGGUUGCUCACAGUCAGCUGCACUGUCAGAUCGCUCUUACGUUCUUUUAAGCACUCGUCCUGACGCUCGGCAAACACACAGCUGACAGCACCGUACAGCGGCACCUGCCUGAAACACCUACAUCACUUAGAAGAACAGAGCUUUAGUUCAUCAUGGGCUGCCUGUCCUUCAUCGGAAGAAUCGUCCUCGUUGUCCUCAACAUUGGCUUUGUGCUGGGCUCCUUAGCUGUCGUGGUAGUAGGAGCACUGCUAAAGUACCUUCCGGACAAGCUGACGCAGAUCAUCUUUGGUGUGACAUCUAUAAUAGUGAAAGACGAGGACCGCACGGCCUUUCACAUCCCUGACCUCAAGGAUGUCACCAACCUGCCCUUUGUGGGGGACGCUGGCGUGGCCCUCAUGGUCUUCGGGGGCGUUCUGUUCUGCAUCUCUUUCAUGGCUUGCUGCGGGGCCAGUGGAAAAUGGAAACUCUUGCUUCUUGGGUUCAUUAUCUCUAUGUCCAUUCUGGUCAUCUGCCAGGGCGUCGUGGGCGGCAUGUUCCUUGCUAAAGAUUCAGUGCUUCACGACAACAUUCGAAGCAGAGUUGGCGACAAGGUCAAAAGCGAUUUCAAUAAAAGCGCCUCAGAUCCUUUUUCGUUCUCCAUCAACCUGAUGAACUACUUGCUUGACUGUUGCGGGAUCCGAGGGCAGGAGGAUUUCAACGGCACAUUGCCGCCCACGUGUUGCCGGAAGGAUAUUAUCGAAGGUACGAACAACACGGCGAAGCAGGCGUGUACAGCAGAGCCUCCUUACGCCACCAAAGACAUGUACAACGAUGAGGGCUGUUACGACAUGCUUCAGAAGAAAGUUCAGGAUAAUCUCGUUGUCGCCGCUGUGAUCCUGGCUCACUUACUGCUAUUGCAGGUUAUCGAGAUCGGGUUUGCGGGUAUGCUGGUGAAGUCUGACAACAGUAUCGGGCCAGUGUAACAACAUGUGUAUACACUCACUGCUCUCGCUGUCAUGGUGGACCUGGGAUCGUCACAAAUGAUAAAUACGACAUGACAGUACUCAAAAACGGAGUCCAAAACUGCUUGUUGUUAUUAUUUGUUUUAUUUACAGUUUUAGUGGUGAUGCAGAAACAUAGUUUUUCUUAUUCUGGAUUAGAAAUAACAAAGACUACUUUCCCUGGAAAUUUUACGGUAAUGAUUAAGGAAAGUAUUGUAGCAUCCAUUAUAAAUUAACCUGGUUAUAAUGAGUGGUAAAAGCACAAAAGGUAUUGACCAAGGAUAACACAAAAACAGUCAAUCCAAAACCAUUUUUUCUCAUUUUGAGAUGAAGUCCUUUUAGUUUUCGGAAGUAUACUUAGGCCCACAUUGUUCAGAUCUUUAAAUGACAUCUUACUGAAGUUUUUAUAGUCCAAUUUUGUUAAGUUAUUAGUAUCAUAUCGUUCAGUCUUAUGUUCGUCUAAUACCUGCUCUAAUUUUUAGUGAUGACAAUUUGAUGAUGACAAAUCAAUCAUUGCUCUGGACUAACAGUAUUAAUAUACUACUAGUAACAAAAAGAGAAAAAUCAGCCUGAAAUUUCAGGUUUUAUUCUGUGAUAUAUUUAUGAAUUUUGUGUUAUAUUCGAAAUUGGAGAUCUACGUUUACAACUGAAUAUCAAUGUUUUGUUUAUAUUUCCCCUAAACUUUACUUUACUUCUAAUAUAUAACUUUAAACUUGAUCUCUUUAUAGAUAUUCCAACCAGUCUUGUCUUUCAAUAUAUGAAUGUCUGUUAUGUAAAACAGACGAAGAAACUACAAUUGAUGAAAUCUGGAGCCAUGCUUUGUGCAUUAAACCCGUCCAUUUUGUAA